UCCAACUGUUGAAUGAAAAAAAAAAUAUUUGGCAACAACAACAGCGCACAGUUUUUUUUGGAUCAACAUGCAAGAUUUUCUUUCCAAUUGAUGGAUCAUCAUCAUCAUCAUUGGUGAAAAUUUAAACUGUCCAUAACUGCUAUUGUUAUUUCCAAAAACAAAAAAAAAAGAAAUGGCAAAAGGAAAUCGUACAACGGUUAAUAUUGAUCAAACAUUUCUGACGACUAAACAUCCGUUUCAUGAAUCAUCAUCAUCAUCUUCGUCUAGUCAUCAUCCUCAUCAUAAUGCACAAAAUCAAAUUAUCACUUCCGGUAAAUAUAAGAAUAAUAAACGAUACCGAUUUGAUGAUAUUGAACAAUCAAUUGUUGCUGGUGGUGUCGAUGAUCUUAUUGGUGAACCGUAUUCACAACAACAGGAUUCAACAACAUUGAUGGCAAAUAAAUUAUUAUCGGUCAGUUCAUUGCCAGUACGAAAUGGCAUCAACUAUAGUAGUAUGAAUGGAACAUUUCGAAAAUAUCAAAGCGAUCUGCAGCCAGUUAAAAUGACCGUAACAAAAACAACAACACCACUACAAUUGUCAACUAAUAAGCAACCAGCAAUAAUAUCAUCAUCAUCAUUGAAUGAAUCUCCACAAUCCGGUAAAUCAACAACGACGACACUUGUUGUACCAACAUCAACAUCAACAUCAACAUCACAUGUUCAAAUGACUUCGGGGCAAAUUUCGAAUACAUCAACAUCGAAUCAGACCGCCACAACAUCGAUAUCAUUACCAUCGGUAUCAGCUCAAGUUGGACAACAACAACGUGGACAAAAUCAUCAUGGACAAAAUUAUCUAAAAAAUAUUUCUUUAGCAAUGAUGAUGCCAAAUAACCUGGCUGGUAAUCAACAACAACAACAACAACAUAAACUUCAUAAUCAACCACAACAAAAUAAAAAUAAACAACAACAACAACAACCAUUGCUUAAUACAUCAACCAACGGUAACUAG